AUGCGGCGUCGGGACGGCGCGUCGGGGACCGGACGUCGGGGCGGGGUGACGGGAGCGCGGGCGUCGGGAGCGCGCUGUCCCGGUGGGAUUUUGGAAGAGAGAAACCUCCCUUGCUGCCGCUUUCCUGAGGCGCCUGGGAACCACAGGGUGAAGCCCCAGACCUGGCUUUUCCCCACUGGACAGAGGCCAGCCAUGGAACAGGAGGAGGACGCCGGCCCAGAGGCUGGCAUCUGCAUGGGCACCGCCCUGCAAUCCUGGUGGCUGCAGUUGACGGAGCAGCAUUCGCAGUCUACCAUGCUGAUGGGCAUGGCGAUUGGAGCCCUGUUGGCCCUGGCCCUCGUCGGCAUCACUGUCUUUUUUGUGUACAGAAGGGUUAACCAAUUCCGACACGUGCAGCCCGCCCCUCAGUACAGGUUCCGGAAGAGGGACAAAGUGAUGUUUUAUGGCCGGAAGAUCAUGAGAAAGGUGACCACACUCCCCCAUACGCUUGUGGGGAACACGGCAGCCCCCCGGCAGCGGGUAAGGAAGAGGACCAAGGUGCUGUCUCUGGCUAAGAGGAUCUUGCGUUUCAAGAAGGAAUACCCCACUCUGCAGCCAAAGGAGCCCCCACCCUCUCUGCUUGAGGCUGACCUUACAGAGUUUGAUGUGAAGAAUUCUCACCUGCCGUCAGAAGUUUUGUACAUGCUAAAAAACGUGCGGGUCCUGGGCCACUUUGAGAAGCCACUGUUCCUGGAACUUUGCAGACACAUGGUGUUUGUGCAGCUGCUCGAAGGGGAGCACGUGUUCAGGCCAGGGGAGCCGGACACCAGCAUCUAUGUGGUGCAGGAUGGACGGCUGGAAGUCUGCCUGCAGGACGCGGAUGGCACCGAGGUGGUGGUCAAGGAGGUUCUGGCCGGAGACAGCGUCCACAGUCUCCUCAGCAUCCUGGACGUCAUCACCGGCCACACCGCACCCUACAAAACUGUGUCUGCCCGCGCUGCUGUCCCAUCCACCGUCCUCCGGCUCCCAGCCCUGGCUUUUCAAGGAGUCUUUGAGAAAUAUCCCGAAACCCUGGUGAGGGUGGUGCAGAUCAUCAUGGUCCGGCUACAGAGGGUCACCUUCCUGGCGCUCCAUCACUACCUGGGCCUCACCGCCGAGCUCUUCAACCCCGAGAGCCAAGCCAUCCCCCUCGUGUCUGUGGCCAGUGUGGCUACCAGCAAGGCCAAGCGGCAUAUGGGCUGUGGCCCCGAGGAGCGGCCCCAGGAGUACCAUGACCCAGCAGAGUGUGGGGGCGGCCGUGCGUUGGCCCCCGGGCCUCUGCUGAAGAGGAGCUACUCGGUCCCACUGCCCUCCGUCCACGGAGAGAUCUCAGACGAGCUUGGCAAGGCCCAGGCUAGAGACCAAGCCCCUCCGGCCCCAUCAGGGAGCCCAGCAGGUGCCACCUCAGACCUCAGCAUGGCUUGUGACCGUGCCAGGGUCCUCCUGCAGGAAGACGAGCGCCCCGGGAGUGCCGUGGCCAGCAAGUCCAAGAAGAGCGUGGUGGUUGCAGAGACGCCCUCCGCCGUCUUCCACUACUCGGAGAGCAUCGCGGACGAGACUGUUGCCAGCAGGAAGACAGACGCCAUCUUCAGAGCUGCCAAGCAGGACCUGCUCACGCUGAUGAGGCUGGAUGACCCUUCGCUGUUGGAUGACCGGGUGACGCUUCUCCAUGUCCCAGGGGGCACAGUGGUGUCAAGGCAGGGAGACCAGGACAUGAACAUCCUGUUUGUGGUCUCGGGGCUGCUGCACGUGUACCAGCGGAAGGUCGACAGCCACGAGGACAGCUGCCUGUUCGUCACGCGUCCCGGGGAGAUGGUGGGCCAGCUGGCCGUGCUCACCGGGGAGCCGCUCAUCUUCACCAUCAAGGCCAACAGAGACUGCAGCUUCCUCUCCAUCUCCAAGGCGCACUUCUAUGAAAUCAUGCGGAAGCAGCCGACAGUCGUCCUGGGCGUUGCGCACACGGUGGUGACACGGAUGUCGCCCUUCGUGCGGCAGAUGGACUUCGCCCUGGACUGGAUGGAGGUGGAGGCCGGGCGCGCCGUGUACAGGCAGGGGGACAAGUCAGACUGCACCUACAUCGUCCUCAGCGGCCGGCUGCGCUCUGUGAUCCGGAAGGACGACCUCAAAAAGCACCUGGCUGGGGAGUACGGCCGCGGAGACCUCAUCGGUGUGGUGGAGACGCUCACCCAGCAGCCCCGGGCGACCACAGUGCACGCCGUUCGGGACUCGGAGCUGGCCAAGCUUCCCGCGGGGGCCCUGACGUCCAUCAAGCGCCGGUACCCGCAGGUUGUGACUCGGCUGAUUCAUCUCUUGGGUGAGAAGAUCCUGGGCAGCCUCCAGCAGGGAACUGCUACAGGUCACCAGUUUGGGCUACACUCUGCUGGCAACAAGUGGGACUCAGGCAACCCUGCCAGCAACCUGUCCACAGUGGCCAUCAUGCCCGUGUCGGAGGACGUGCCCCUCACCGCCUUUGCCCUGGAGCUCAAGCACGCCCUCAGCGCUAUCGGCCCCAUCCUGCUGUUGACCAGUGACAACAUAAAACAGCGCCUUGGCUCUGCUGCCCUGGACAGCAUCCACGAGUACCGGCUGUGCAGCUGGUUGGGGCAACAGGAGGACAUCCACCGGAUUGUGCUCUACCAGGCGGACAGCACGCUCACGCCCUGGACCCAGCGCUGCAUCCGGCAGGCCGACUGCAUCCUCAUCGUGGGCCUGGGCGAGCAGGAGCCCACAGUGGGCGAGCUGGAGCGGAUGCUGGAGAGCACGGCGGUGCGCGCCCAGAAGCAGCUGAUCCUGCUGCACCGGGAGGAGGGCCCGGCGCCAUCCCGCACGGUCGAGUGGCUCAACAUGCGCAGCUGGUGCUCCGGCCACCUGCACCUCUGCUGCCCGCGCCGCAUCUUCUCCAGGAGGAGCCUGCCCAAGCUGGUGGAGAUGUAUGAACGGGUCUUCCAGAGGCCUCCAGACCGGCACUCGGACUUCUCCCGCCUGGCCCGGGUGCUGACCGGCAAUGCCAUCGCCCUGGUGCUUGGGGGAGGAGGCGCAAGAGGCUGUGCCCAGGUCGGCGUUAUCCGGGCCCUGAUGGAGUACGGCAUCCCCGUGGACAUGGUCGGAGGGACGUCCAUCGGGGCCUUCAUCGGCGCCCUGUACUCUGAGGAGCGGAACUACAGCCAGAUUCGGAUCCGUGCCAAGCAGUGGGCUGAGGACAUGACGUCCAUGCUGAGGGCCGUGCUGGACCUGACCUACCCUAUCACCUCCAUGUUCUCGGGGGCAGGCUUCAACAGCAGCGUGUACAGUGUCUUCAAGGACCGGCAGAUCGAGGACCUGUGGAUCCCCUACUUCACCAUCACCACGGACAUCUCAGCCUCCACCAUGCGGGUCCACACAGAUGGCUCCCUGUGGCGGUAUGUGCGUGCCAGCAUGUCCCUGUCGGGCUAUAUGCCUCCCCUCUGCGACCCCAAAGACGGACACCUGCUGAUGGACGGGGGCUAUAUCAACAACCUCCCAGCGGAUGUGGCCAGGUCGAUGGGGGCCAAGGUGGUGAUCGCCAUUGACGUGGGCAGCCGGGACGAGACGGACCUCACCAACUACGGCGACGCGCUGUCAGGGUGGUGGCUGCUCUGGAAACGCUGGAACCCUCUGGCCACAAAAGUCAAGGUGUUGAACAUGGCGGAGAUCCAGACGCGCCUGGCCUAUGUGUGCUGCGUGCGGCAGCUGGAGUCAGUGCGGAACAGUGACUACUGCGAGUACCUGCGCCCGCCCAUCGACAGCUAUGGCACCCUGGACUUUGGCAAGUUCACCGAGAUCUCUGAAGUGGGGUACCAGCACGGACGGACAGUAUUUGACAUCUGGGGUCGAAGUGGUGUGCUGGAGAAGAUGCUGCAGGACCGACAGGGGACGAGCAAGAUGAAGGCAUGCGAUGUGCUUACCUGCCCCAACGCCUCCUUCACGGACCUUGCCGAGAUUGUGUCACGCAUCGAGCCUCCCCAGGUGGCCGUGGUGGAUGACGAGUCCGACUACCUGAGUGAGUACGAGGAGGCGCUGCCAGACGGCCCCCCAGACGCCUACGCUGACUUCCAGAGCGCCCCGGCCGGCUUGGGCUCCGACUCGGAGGAUGAGCCCGCACUUCACCACAGGCGCCCCAGUCUGGCUUCCCUGGAACCGGCCCAGGAUCCUUGUGUCCCUGGCUCUCUGGCCAGGAUGGGCAGAGGUCACUGCCCUGAUGCUCCCUGAAGCCAGCACCUCCUGUGGGCCUGUCCCCAAGGCUGCAGCUCCUGAGGGCAGGAGGCCUGACUGGGGGGUCUUGUGCCUCUGCACUGGCAGCUCCUGGUGGAGCACUUGGUUCUUGCAGCGCACGCGCGCGCGCGCGCGCGCACACACACACACACACACACACACACACACACACCCCACACCCCCCACCACACCCCCGGGGCGUGACUGCCCCUGUGAGCCCCAAAGCCCUGAGAUGUUGGAGCCCCAGUGCUCCUGUUUAGCGUGGCAAUAAAGUAGAUCUGAUUAUG